AUGACCUAUUCCUUAGGAGAAAACCCUAGUUUCCAAACUUAUGGUGUUGUUGACACAGGCACUGACCUAACUUGCAGGAACGUCGUACACGAUACGCUCACACUUGCUGCUUCUUCUACAAGUGAUAUUGAUGGUGGUAAAGUGGCAUUUCCUAAGACCUUGUUUGGCUGUGCUGAUAAAACUACGGGUUACUUUGUUCCUGAGGGUUCUGGCAUUGUUGGUCUGGGACGAGCUGUCGUUUCUGGUUCUGGGACUAUCUCUACUCCACUUGUGAAGACAGACAAUGACAAUUACUAUCACGUUACGUUGGCAGCAAUUAGGGUGGGGGACAAAAGAAUGCAGUUCAAUUUUGAUGGUUGGCCAAUUGAAGAGGGCAACACAGUAAUUGAUUCUGGGUCAAGGUUGACAAUACUACCUCAAGGUGUAUACUUCAAAGUGGAAUCAGAAGUCAUAGCGAAGAUUAAAUCAUGUCAAGCAAGAAUAACACGAGCUUUUAGCCUUUGGUAUGCAUCAGAAAGCAUUGAAAGCCUUGGAGCUCCCAUUAUUACUCUUCAUUUCAGAAAUAAUGCACAUGUCAAGUUAAAUCCAAUGAACACCUUCAUUUUGGUUUCGUCGGGCAGAGUUUGCUUUGGUUUUCGUCCCAUGAUGCGAAGUGUAUCGCUGAAAGGGAACUUAGCUCAAGUGAACUUGUUGGUUGGGUUUGACCUUCAAAAUAACAUUGUUUCCUUUAAGCCCACAGAUUGCACUAUGUUCUAA